ACUAUUCCCUACAAUGUCGGGACUAGACAGCAACCCCUUCGUGGACCCCGUGGACAUUAAUCCCUUCCAGGAUGCGUCAAUCACACAAGCCACCAGUGGAGCCUCUGAAACCUCAGGGGAGUUCAACCCAUUCUCUGCAACUGAAAUGGGAACCCACAGUGAAAAGACCAUUCCCAUCUCUGCUGCCUCCUCCCAACCCGCCAUCCUGCAGACCUCUGUGGAGCAGAGCGCACAAGCAAGUGUAGCUGCUGGCCAGGCGAACCUGAUCAAACAGCAGGAGGAGCUGGAGAAGAAAGCGGCCGAGCUGGAUAAGAAGGAGCAGGAGCUACAGAACAGGAGCGCAGGCAGAGCACUCAACACUGGUGCUAAAGAGAACAACUGGCCACCUCUCCCCUCGUUCUCCCCUGUGAAGCCCUGCUUCUAUCAGGACUUUGAGGUGGACAUCCCUGAGGAGUACCGCAGUAUCUGCAAGAGAAUGUACUACCUCUGGAUGUUCCACAGUGCCACUCUCUUCCUCAACGUGCUGGCCUGCCUGGCUUACUUCUCUGCGGACUCCCAGUACGGCGUUGACUUCGGUCUGUCCAUCCUCUGGUUCAUCCUCUUCACCCCCGUGUCCUUCAUCUGCUGGUACAGACCCAUCUACAAGGCCUUCAGGUCGGACAGCUCCUUCAGCUUCUUUUUCUUCUUCUUUGUCUUUUUCUUCCAAGUGGCAGUGUACAUCAUCCAGACUGUUGGGAUCCCCAAGUGGGGAAACAGUGGAUGGAUCGCUUCCAUCAGUAUGAUCCGCGUUAACCUGGCCGUGGCUGUGGUUAUGAUGGUGGUGGCCGGAUUCUUCACUGUGAACUCUAUCCUGGCUGUGACUCUACUUAAAAUGGUCCACUCCAGGUACAGGAGGACAGGAGCCAGCUUCACCAAGGCCCAGCAGGAGUUCUCCCACGGGGUCCUGACCAACCGGACCGUCCAGACCGCUGCAACCAGUGCUGCUACCUCCGCGGCCGUGGGGGCCUUUGGAAGGGGAAAUUAGACUGUUUCUCAAUGCUUCGUGCCUCAGGCUAGUCUCUUCUCGGACCAACAUAUCCAUGUUCCAACAUACUUCAUUGGGGUUAGGGUAUCAGGGUUUGAUCUAUUUAUUUAAAAAAGGCCAAAAAAACCAUUACUUUUGAGGGAAAUUGCUCUCGCUUCAACAUCCUAGUGACAUUUCUUAAUGUUUAAACAUACAGAAGACAAGAUAGAGGUCGUAUACAAGCAUGUAAUGACUUGCUGCAUAUGUCUCUGUUGUUUUUGAACCAUUUACCAACCUUAUCAGUAUGCAGCAAAAAGUCAUACUAUCAUAAAAUUUAUUCUGAGUAAUGUAGGAAGGAGACAGAAAAUUGAAGUUGAAUCAAACAAGGCGAAGAAGGAGGCAAGUGUGGGUGUGAAGAAAAAUAAUUCAUCACAAUAUAACUAACUGAAAAACAUCUAACUUGGUCGACUAAAGAUGUACAGCGCACCACUGAACAGGGCUGGAGUUCAGUGAUAAAGUACAAUUAUUUAAAUCCCCUCGCUGUUAAAUACGCUGGCGGGAAGUAUUAGGAUUUUUCUAUCCAACAUACUGGGGCCUCAUAAAUAAACACUGAGAGGAGUGGGAUUAACUUAAAAGCACACUUGACGUGAGAAUGUUUCACCAUCAUUGAAUGAUGGAUCCGCUUAAUGUAUGUAUACAUAUUUGUGUCAUUACAGCAGCAUGUAGAGCGUUACAUGUCAUUCUGCCGUAUAAACAAGUUUAAUACAUACAGUCCACUUUAUAUUACACAACUGGAUGAUCUGUAAAUGGGAUGCAUUUAUAUUACACUACUGAACACAGUUGCUGUUUGAAUUUCGCUCUAAAUCUAAAUCUGUUUUCUUGUGUACAAUACUGUAUAGGAUGAUGAUCAAUGAAGGUGACGGGAUGAAGGUUUUUCUUUUCACUGUUUUAAUCAGUUUACUGAUUUAGAUGAAGUGUGAAAAAAAGCUCCUCUUAGGGCAAAUGAAGAUAUGGUUUAACGGGGAUGGCACAGUUUAAUUCAUGUUGAGUUGUGAAGAAUCCCAUUAUGUUUUCUUUCAUAGUGUGGAGCCUCGCUGCGAUUAAAAUGAAACACAUGGUGCCGGUUUAUUAAUGUAGAGUCACUGACAUGUAGUUUAGAAUGUAGACGUAUUUUCACUACUUAGAGAAGUGUAUUAACGAGCAGAAAGAACACAUUUGUCUUUGUAUUAUACAUAGUAAUUAUACUGUUACUGAAUAGUCACAGAUAGUUAGUAUUUUCUCGCUGCUUUCUACCUACUUGUUGUUAGGUAUUUACAUUUUUACUUGUGAAUAUAUAUGUGUGUGUGUGUGUGUAUGUAUGUAUGUAUGUAUACACACACACAUACAAAUAUAUAUAUUUAUACUGUUUAAUUGUGAUCUUUCAUUACUGUAACACUGAAUCACGUUGCUUAGGUGUAACCUCAGUGCCUUUAAGCAGACAUAACCCACCAAUUUCUUUGUGGGGAUUUCAGCACAAGGCUCAGUUGUUGUUUUUUGUCUGAGUUUUUUUGUCUUGAUAGAGAAAUUAGUUUUAUGGUGAAGUGUCCCUUGGAUGAAGAUAAUGUGUGUUAAGGUGUGUUGUACAUAUUUAUGACUAAAUUAUAACAUAAAUAACUG